CACACAUCACGCCGGUCCAACAGAUAGAGUGGCAUAUCCUGCUGUAGUAGAAGGACGUUUACGAUGGCUGUAGGAUUUGCGUCACAACAUUUGCAUGCAAAUUGAAAGCUGUAAAACAAAUCCCGUUGUGCUACACACACUGCGUGCUAAACGACAAAUCAGCGUGUGCGACGGGCUGUUGUUGUAUUUUCCGUUUGGCUCCAUCCCUGCGCGUCAUGCACAGAGUUUUAAGCAUCCAGAAUCGUAAACAUUCCUUAUCGUGGAUCGUCGUCGCUGGUAUGCAACCGUGUGCUGAUUUAUCUUUAACAUUUUCCCCACGAUUAAUGCCGUCAAAGCAUCCCAAUCUUAUGGCUUCGGAUCUGCACAUUGUCAAUCCCCGCGAUGCAUCGCUGCCGCCGCCGCUGUCUGCGGUGUUCACAGACUCUUAUGCCUACAAGACAGUUCAGAACAGGAUGCCAGUGAUUCUGACGAAAAUCGUUGACCAUCUGAGUCGUCAUAAAUCUGAAGUCUACGACGGGGAAGAAGCUAGCAACCAUCUGGGAACUCAUGGAACCGCGGCUCAAGAGGCUUGGAACGCGCACCGUAAAGAAGCCGAAGAGGAACUGAAGGAAAUCAUCGGCGCCAUUGCCAAGUUGCGUAAUGAACUGCAAACCAAUAAGCCCAUUACUCCGCUUCCGUUGGCUGCGUCAGCGGAUGCAUUGCCGUUGGGUGGUGAUGAUAUUCCUGAAUGGAAUGACGCAUUGGAUUCCCCGUUAGCCCGCAAUCUCCUGAACCCCACCGAUAAGCCCAAAUGGUUUGAAUCGGCAUGGUUAUUUGUGGAAUCCUACAUGUACCGUCGCGUAAUGUGGUGCAUCCAACGAACAAAACAUUUGCACGAUUUGGACCCAUUUAAAUGGCAGAAAGCAGAUUCUAUCAAAGAUAACACGCAAAAUAUCCAUGGAAUUUUGGAUUAUCUUGAUAGCACAUUGGAAAUUGUAGCAGAACUUGAAGGGAAAUUUUCUGAUGGAGUGAAGGAAAAUUUUGAAAAUUUGUUAAGGCUGUCCUUAUGGGGAAAUAAAGGGGAUCUGUCGCAUUCGGCUGGAAAGGAACCAACCGAGACCAAAGAGCACGAUCCUCAUGAAGUUCAGCAGAAAAUGAGCGAAGUAUUAGUUGUGGACGAAAGCGCCACCGUCUGGCAAUACUUAGUUCGCAUCAACAACCGCCAACCACAGUCUCCUAUCAGGAUUGAUAUUAUCUGUGAUAAUUACGGUCUGGAACUGAUUACCGACUUGGUACUGGGUGAAUUCUUAAUUGUUUCCGGCUUAGCCUCACAGAUCCGCUACCACGUCAAACGAAUGCCCUGGUUUGUGUCUGACACUACCAUUCCUGACUUCAACCGGACCCUCGAUCUCAUCAACGAGCAUGAUGGGAAAUUUGGAGAUAAAUGGAUGAAAUAUAUCGAAGAAGGCAAAUUUCUCGUUCUCAGUGACCCGUUCUGGUCGCUACCGUAUGAAUAUGAUUAUAUGUUAGAAAAGGCGCCGGAUUUGUACAGAGCACUGGAGAAGUCUACUCUGAUAAUUCUGAAAGGGGAUCUUAAUUAUCGCAAACUGGUGGGAGAUUUAGCAUGGUCACCGGUGACGACAAUGCAGACAGCGGUGAGGAGAUUUUUUCCCUCUUCACUAUGCGUGUUGCGGGGUCUUAAAGCGGAAACGGUGGUCGGAUUAAGAGAUGGGCUAUCCGAAGAAAUGGCUAAACUGGAAACGGAUUGGAUGUCGUCCGGGAAUUUCGCUGUAAUACAGUUUUUAGAGAAAUCGUCUUGAGAUUUCAUGGUUCACCCUUUUUCGGAUUGCCUGGUAGUAUUGAGCCUUAUUUUGCACUCCCUUUUUCACUGUCUUGCUUGACAGUUUUGGUUUUUGGCAAAACUUGAUUGUGUAAGCACUUCGCUCUUUAAUUGUUGUCAGUGAGAAAACCUUGAAAAGUACCGAAUUGAAAAGUUGGUGUAAGUUCAGAGUGGAAACCUAACCUAGACUGGAAAUACUGAAAUUGGAAAUGACAGCGGUAAUGCGAGAUUUCAGCGUAGCUUUAUUUUUAACAGGAAAUUUUUAGGACAAAG